AUGACACCAACACCUUUAAUUGCACAUGAUAGCAGACUGGCAGCACCACCUUUUUCUUUGUGUAAUGAUCCUUGUAAGGCAGGAUACAGCAAGGUCAAGAAAGAAGGGGAGUCAUUUUGCUGCUAUGAUUGUCUUCCAUGUCCAGAGGGGAAAAUAUCAAAGGAGAAAGACAUAGAUGACUGUUCUCUGUGCCCAGAUGAUCAUUAUCCAAACCCUGAAAGAAAUAUAUGCCUUCCAAAGCAGAUCAGCUUUUUAUCCUAUGAAGAACCCAUGGGGAUCAGUCUUAGUGUCCUUUCUCUUUGUUUUUGUUUUAUGACAACUUCGGUGCUUACAAUCUUUACUAAACAUAAAGAUACUCCCAUUGUCAAAGCCAACAACCGGAAUAUCACCUACUCUCUCCUUGUUUCUCUUCUCCUCUCUUUCCUUUGUGUGUUUCUAUUUAUUGGGAGACCUAACAAAAUUCUGUGUGUCCUUCGUCAACCAGCUUUUGGGCUCAUCUUCUCUGUGGCAGUUUCUUGUGUAUUGUCCAAAACCUUUGUUGUAGUUCUAGCAUUUAUGGCCACCAAACCUGGUUCCAAAAUGAGGAAAUGGGUAGGUGGAAGAAUGGUCACUUUUAUUCUUUUUUCCUGCUCCCUUAUUCAAACCACUAUUUGCAUAGUAUGGAUAACAUUUUUUCCACCAUAUCCAGAUUUUGAUGUGCACUCCAUGCCUAAAGAAGUCAUCAUGGAGUGCAGUGAGGGAUCAGUCAUCAUGUUCUAUUGUGUUUUGGGUUUUAUGGGCUUCCUGGCUAUGAUCAGCUUCUCUGCUGCUUUUCUAGCUAGGAAAUUACCCGAUAGUUUCAAUGAAGCCAAAUUCAUCACCUUCAGCAUGUUGGUCUUUUGCAGUGUUUGGCUUUGCUUUGUUCCAACUUAUUUAAGCACAAGGGGAAAAUAUAUGUUGGCUGUGGAGAUCUUCUCCAUGAUUUCAUCCAGUGCUGGCUUAUUAGUGUGUAUCUUUUUUCCCAAGUGUUUUAUCAUUGUGAUGAGACCUGAACUUAACAAUAAACAUCAGUUAAUGAAAAGAAAAUUAUAA